AUGUCGGUAGCAAAAAAAAGCUGUAAACCAAGCACAAUAAAAUUUAUCCCUCAACUUCAAAAAACCCCAGAAGAAGCCAGGCCAUGCACCAGAGUCUAUAACCCAGAGGAAAAUCUCCCAUCAAAACGAAACCCUGAUCCACUCUCAGAUGCUCCUCAAAAGCGAAUCCAAACUGCAGUACCCUUCGCACUUACUGAUAUAGAAUUUUACUUAAAAGAGCUUGACGAAAUUUUUACAAAUCGAAAUAAGCGCGUUGAAAUCAAUGACUCCUCCAAACCAAAUCCUUCAGAAAAAUCAGUAAAAAAUGAAGACCUCGUUAAGAGGGAAGAAGAAUUGUCAAAGCCUUCUGACAACGAAGCAAGUAAAGUCAAAAUCAUAGAGUCAGAAGAAAUUAUUGUGAACACUGAGAAUCUUGGAGAUGUUAGGGAAGUGGUCAAGCAUAGGUCGCAACCCUACACCCCCACCCCCCUAAAAGUGGUACCCCCAACCCCCCACCCCCCCUAAAAAAUGGUACCCCCACCCCCCUAAAAAAUGACACCCCCCCCCCCUUAAUAUAGCAUAAAUAUAUGACAAAUGCCAAUUUAGAGCAGCGUAAUAUAUAAAUUAUUAUUUUAAAUAUUCAAAAUUACUGAUUUAUACAAUAUCCACAUAGCGUAGCACAAUCGAUUAAGGAGUAGGUGGAAUGAGGUGAGAAUUUCCUAUAACUACUAAGCACACCACAUAUGAAAAAAAUUUGUUAACAAGCAUAAUAAUGAUCUUUGGUAUUAAUUAGCAGUAUAUCCUGCAUAUAUUUAUGAACUUUGUGGAACAAUGGCUAAAAGUCGAAAUAGAGAUCCAAAAGUAAAACUGACAAUAGCAAAUACUAUUUUUAUUAGCACUAUUGAAUCCUGCUACCAAUUCAGUCCUGCAAUCCUUGUACAAUGGUCAUCAGAUUAGCUUUAAUUUAUGAAUCAAUAAAUUUAAUGCAAGUUAUUGUAUUGUGCUUGGCUAAUUUAAUAAUUAAUGCCAUUAUCUAUAUCUUUGGCAUUAUAUUUAUAAAUAUAAAAACAAAAUUAAUAUAUUUUCUAAUUAAUUGCUAAUUAGUUUAAAUUUAUUAAUUAAUCAUAAAUAUAAAGUAAUUUGUGGACUUAAUUUAUCAAUAUAGUGUUUUAAUUGGGUUAUGUUUAAAAUAUUCUGCUUGUUUCCUAUCAAUUACUUCUAUAGAAUAAACCCGAGAGGGAGUGGGGGUGCCAUCUGUGAAAGGGGUGGGGAUGUCUGGUUGCUACCUAUGCUUGACCAGGGAAGAAAUAAAAUUGACACCUGAGGAAACUGCUGAGCUGAAAUUGAAAUUUAUUGAAGAUUUAAAUAAAGCGACAAAAUUAACCUUUACUCAAUUAAACGUGGUUGAAAAAUUCAAAAUUCCAUUUAUUCAAGACUCCUGGGCAUGGCAAGAGAAGAAGCCUGUGAUCCGUGACUUUAAAAUCAGUCAAUUUAAAGGAAACUCUUAUGAGAAGUCUAAAGGAAAUGUUGGAUUAUCUAAAAGGCAGCCUCGCAAGCUGGGUGUUGAUAUAACUUCUUUACUUGCAGAAAUCCCUAUUUCAUUACGUCCAAUUUUCACAGGCUCUUUGAUAGUAAAGCCUAUAAAACUUCAAAUAAACAUCAGGGCAAACUCAUAUCAAGAAUACAAAAAAUUAAUAGCCUCACCUCCAAUCAUAACCCCUGUUGAAUAA